AAAAUAAAAAUCAAAUUAAGCACAUCAUGCCCCCAUGAAAACCAAUCUGCUGGACUUAAUACAAACUCAUCAUACUCAACUCCCAUUGUUAUUGUUGUUGUUGUUUUAAAAAAAAAUUAUCUCUUUGCCACUUCAUCUUCUUCCCCAAGCUUUCCUUCCAUCUAUUUCCUCUGCCGGAAACUCAACAAAAUUUCAACUUGUUCUGAGUGAUGAUGGGUGUGAUCUGCCGCUGUUCCCACACAUCCCAUAUCACUGAAAUCAUCAUCACCAGCUUCUUUCGCCACAAGCCUUAAACAAGUGAAGUGAAGAAUUUCAUAUUCUUUGAAACAAAGAAACCCACCUAUCCAGAGUGGCCUUCUUUUCCCCUUUUAAUCUUGUUGGAUCUUCUUCUGACGAUGUUGAUGAUAAUGAUGAAGCUGAUAUUUUGAAAAAAAAGAAAAAACAGCAAGAUCGAUCCUUUAGCUUGAAAAUUUUAAUGGCGGGUGGGAGGGUCUAUCGUAGUAAUACUAGUGCUGAUGCUGGUUCUAAUAAUCUCUCUGUUUUGCUUCAAAGUCAAUGGGUUCCUUCCUCUUCUGAGCCUCUUGAUACCCUUUUCAUUCCAGGCUCUUCUCCUUCUCCUUUUCUUGUUUCAGGUACAAGAUCGAUGGUAAGCUUCGAAGGCGUUGACCGAAGAAGAUCGUAUUUUAGGACGUUUGAUGGAGAAGAGAAGGUGGAGGAGGAUAUAGAAGAGUAUUUACAUCGAUCUGAAAAGAAGAGACGGCUUACGGUUGACCAAGUCCAGUUUCUAGAGAAAAGUUUCGAGGCGGAGAACAAGCUUGAACCCGAUAGGAAAGUUCAGCUGGCUAAAGACCUUGGGCUCCAAUCACGACAAGUUGCCAUAUGGUUUCAGAAUCGCAGGGCUCGAUGGAAGACCAAGCAGCUUGAGAAAGACUAUGACAGUUUGCAAGCCAGCUAUAAUAGCCUCAAGGCUGACUAUGACAAUCUCGUCAAGGAGACUGACAAACUAAAAGAAGAGGUUGUUCAGCUCACGGACAAGUUACUUUUGGAAGGGAAAGAUAAGGGAGAGCCGGAGCUUCCUGAUGCGAAAACAUCGUCGCAAGAGCUACCAUCAGAGGCUGCCGAGGGGGAAGAGUCUAAGGUUGUGCCAGUGGUGUCUGCCAAAAGCGAUUACACUGAAGGGGUUCAUUCUUCAGUACUCUUGGAGGGUGCUGGUUCAACUUAUCCAUUUGAACCAGACCAGUCUGAUUUAUCACAAGAUGAGGAAGACAACUUGAGCAAGGGCCUCUUACAUCUUCCUUCAUGCGUCUUCCCUAAACUCCAAGACAUCGAUUACUCCGACCCGCCUGCAGGUUCCUGUAAUUUUGGAUUCCCUCUUGAUGAUCAUGCCUUUUGGUCUUGGGCUUGCUGAGUUCCUGUAUUUAUAAUCUCUCUUGUUCAAGUCUGUUUUGUAGUAGCAAUUAUAAGGAAGCAAUAAAAACCCAAUGAAUGGCAUUGAAAUGCAAAUGUGUUGGUGUUGGUUUGUGGUUGGAAAUGGUUGUUUUUUGUCCCCUUGUGUAAUCUUAGUUUGCUUUGGGGGGAUUCUUACUUCUUACAGUUGGAUAAGCUUCAAUUCCCCAGGAAUGUAAUUAAAUAACAUCUUUUCUGAUAAGGUUCUUAGAAAUGUUACACAA